AUGUUAGAUGCGGAGGAGGAAAAGAGACGUUUUCAGAUUGAGCUGGAGUUCAUACAAUGCCUAGCAAACCCUUGGUUUUUGAAUAAUCUUGCACAGCAACAGUACUUCAAAGAUCCUGCAUUUCUUAACUAUCUGGAUUAUCUACAGUACUGGAAAAAGCCUGAAUAUGCAAAGUUUGUUGUUUAUCCCCACGCACUUUACUUUUUGGACCUUCUUCAGCAUGCUCAGUUUCGAGAAUAUAUAAGUACCUCAGAAAAUACCACAGAAGUGCAUCGUAUGCAAUAUUACCAUUGGCAGUAUUUACGUAAUCCUCCAAGGACGUCACAAGCGGUGGAAGGAUUAAUAGAAGCAGUUGAAGUUAACGGAGGUGAAAAGACACAAUAA